AUGUUGCGCUUCGUGUCCCGCUUCAACCAGCCUGCUCGCCGCGUGGCGGCAACUGGCACCAAGUCGUUUGCCGGCGCCCAUAACAUGCAAUGCCGCUGUGGCAAUUGCGUGCAACAUCCCAUGGGCUGCACGUGUCCACGUUGCCAGUCGCGUUCGUUCUCGGUCAAGUCGCAGUCCCAGUACAGCAUCCCGAUGACGCAGACGGCGGUGGUCUUUGACAAGACGAACGGCCCGCUAACCGUUCGCAAGGACUGGCCUGUGACCCAGCAAAAAGACUUGAAGCCCGGUGAGGUGCUGGUGCGUGUGGCAUACAGUGGUGUUUGCCACUCGGACUUGCACAUCUGGAAAGGUGACUUCCCAUUGGAGCCCAAAAUGCCGUGUGUCGGAGGCCACGAAGGUGCCGGCUACGUCGCUGCCAUCGGUGACUACACGCGCUCGAGCCUCAAAGUUGGAGACCCGGUUGGUGUCAAGUGGAUCGCCAACUCGUGUCUCGGCUGUGAGGACUGUCGUAAGGGCUACGAGCACACCUGCACAGAGGUUGACCAGCACGGAUUCAGCGUGGACGGCUCGUUCCAGCAGUGGUGCGUGUCGUUCGCCGACCAUAUGACUCCGAUCCCGAAGGACCUGAAUAUGGCUGCUGCAGCCCCGAUCUUGUGUGCCGGUGUCACCGUCUACAAGGCCUUGAAGGAGAUCAACGGUGUGUGCGGCGACUCCGUGGUGAUUCCCGGUGCUGGUGGCGGUCUGGGCCACUACGCUUGCCAAUACGCACGCGCUAUGGGCUACCGCGUGAUUGCCAUUGACACUGGCGCAGACAAGCGUAAACUCAUCGAGUCGUACGGUAUUAAGGACUUCAUCGACUUUAAAGACGGCAACGUCCGUGAAAAGGUCCUCGCUGCUACUGAGGGUCGUGGUGCGCAUGCUACGAUGGUGGUUGCGUCCAACCCAGAAGCGUACAACGACGCUCUGUCGUUCUUGCGUCCACACGGCGCCGUCGUGAUGGUCGGUUUGCCUAAAGAUGCCAAGGUCACGGCGGACGUCUUCGGCUCGGUGCUGAACGCACACCGCAUCAUCGGAUCCUACGUGGGCAACCGCCAGGACUCGAUCGAGGCACUCAAAGUUGCUGCCGGUGGCGACGUGUCCACGAAUUAUUCCGUCGAGAAUCUCGACAAUUUGCCAAGCGUAUGGAGGCCGGCAAACUUGCCGGUCGUGUGGUUCUGGACUGUGCUUAAGUAA